CGGCAUCUGACGUUACACGUAAACGUAGAACGUGCUACGGACGAGUGACGUCUACACCGUUUGGAUGUUUGGCGGGCUAAAGCUAAACCGCUAACAAACUCGGACGGGGGUGCAAGGAAAAACUGUAUUCCGUUGAAAAGGUGCUGAUCCACCAUGUUAGACGGUGGCUCCUUUGUGGCGGUCCUGGACCGCCUGGGUUAUCCUGGUGCAUCAUCCCUGAAGGCCUCAGAGUUCGACUGGUUAUUUGACUGCGCCCCGGAGAAUCGUCACUUUUUGCGCUUUGUAUGUCAGUCCCUAAACCGGAGCAACGCUGUCACCACGGAGGAGGUGAAGGCUUUUCAGGAGCUGCGAAAAUCCGGCAAAUCUAUUUUGGAUGAAGCAGCCCUGAGCCAGGUCCUGAAGACCGUUAGCACUUCGGAAGAAAGCAGUGGACCUGCCUCAUCAUCUGUGUUUGCAGCAGAGGGCGAUGUGGCCAUCGAGGACUUGGAGGCAGAGCUUCAUGCACUGUGUAAAGAAAAAGAGCUGAAGCAGCGACGUUUCAACAAGCUGCAGGCCAUGGCCACUGCUCGUGCAGAUGUGGACUUACGACUCUCUGCAGAGCUGGAGAGUGCUGGAUGUAAGCUGAAGGAAGCCAAUUUUUCUGUAGGAGCGCAGAACGCUGACACCAACAAUCUGCUGGAAAACCUCAAAGAUGAAAUCAAGAAAUUUGCUUCAUUUGUUCCUGAUCAGCCAGAAACAUCCAGGAAAGCUACUGGGGAAUCAUCCAAAAGUGUCUUCAAAACCUCUCCAGUUGUCCUUUCUCAGCUUUCCUUGGAUUCCUAUCUACGUCAGGAGCAGCUGAACACCAAGACACUAGCGGCUUAUACUCAGAGGCUUUUCUUCCAGGGCAUCUCGGACAUUGUUGAGACUUCUUGCUCGGAACGCUUGCAGCUGCUCGACCUCAGUAUUUGUGAAGACGCAGUGGAAGAAGAGGAGAAAGUCAGGGAGGACCACAAAGGAACAGAGGAAGAGAAGCAGGUGUUGGAACGCAGGAGAACAGAGAUGGCCAGGCUUCAGUGGUCUCAUAUUGUCACACAACACCAGCUGAUGCAGGCACUGGCAGAGGAGAAGAGUGUCAGUGCUGCUCUGGACUGGCUCUCAGAGCACUCAUCUCAUACCAAGAGCAUUUCCACCUCCUCUUCGCUGCAUGUACGAGAAGGCGUGUCCAUGAAGGAGCUUCAGGCUGUGGAGGCUGAGCUGUUCGCUCUGCUUCACGGACCAGUGGUGGCUGCUCUUAGAGAGUCAGCAAGGCUCCUUAAUGUGCCAGUAGUGAGAGGAGACCUGGCUCUGCAACUGGCCCGACAAGACUUCUACACCUCCAGACAGGACCAGGUUCGUGACUACCUCCUUCGUCAGAAAGCCUCCUUCGACCUGCUCCUUCUGGCUCAGGAAAUGGAGAGCAGGCGCUGGAAGACAUGUCGAGAGCACCUGGCAGAAAUACAGAGUAGAAUGUUAAAGGAAGCUGAAGCAGCAAACCUGAGGUUUGAGUCCCUGGCACAACCUGAUCUGUCCAUCAAUCCCAGGCCAAACCCUAUCAUUAGCUGCAAAGAUGCAGCCUUCAGCAGACUGCUCCAGAUCUUGGACAGUGUUUCAGAUCACAGCCGGUCUGAACCUUUUAGAACAUAUGAAGCUCUGGAUCAGGCUGCUUCUGACCUGGCAGGCAACAUGCGGGCGACCCGAGACGCCCUGGGUGGAGCCGGUCGUGAGCAGCGUUACACAGCGGCUCGCGCGGAAGGGGACUGCGCAGCUUCUUACCACGGCCCCAUGUACACAGAGCUGCAGCAGCUGGUGUUAGGGCCGCAGGUACGUCCCACGGCCAUCACUGACCAGGAGCUGCUCUGCCCUAAUGCACAGGAGCUGACGGUGAAGCUGGUGGAGGUGGAGUCUCAGCUGCAGAGUCUGCAGAACAUCAUGCAGAAAAUCAUGGGGGAGUUCAAAUCCAAACGUUCCCAGCUGGAGCGUGACCCACUCCUGAGACGAGAGAGACAACUGUACAUCUUCUUCCACUUGGAUCCACGACUCUUGCAGAAAGUAAUGGAAGACCUGGAGGCCAAGAUGGCAGCGAAGACGGUGCCGCAAUAG